AAACAUUUGAUUUGACAUUUACUUUUUUACGUCAGUUUGAUUUUAGAUUUUCGAAUGAUUGGUGUGAAAAUUGAAGUGUAUGUUCUUUGGACUUUGAAUUUAAUUUAAUUUUUUGGUAUAUCAAAUAAUACUAUAAAAUAACUAUUGUGAAAAAUUGUGAUAUAUAAAAUGGAAAUUUCAACUAAUCAAAUUGAAGAUUUGAGAAAAGCCUUUCUGGAGGAGCUAAAUGAUAAAGGAGAGGAUUCUAUCCACCCAAAGGACUUGGACAGAAUUAAAACAAGCAAUCAUUGGUUGGAAAGGUUUUUAAAACAUAAUGAAGGAAAUCAAAAGCAGACAAUUGGAAUGAUGUGGGAAUGUUUAAAGUGGAGGAAAGAUUUUAAUACUAAUGAAAUAAGUGAAGAUAACAUAAAGAAGGAAAUAUUGGUCCAAGGUGGUUUUUUUCCUCAUGGCAAAGAUAAGGAUGGGUGUACAAUAUUUGUUUUUAAAUGUAUUAAACACAAAAAAGGGGUAAAUGAUUUGGAUGAAAUUAAAAGAUGUGUUAUUUACUGGUUUGAACGAUUGGAAAGAGAAAAACAUGGAAACCCAAUUUCAAUAUUUUUCGAUAUGGAAGGAUGUGGAUUAGGAAAUAUGGAUAUGGACUUAACUAAAUACCUAAUUGGCCUUUUUAAAACAUAUUAUCCUUUUUUCCUAAAUUAUAUUCUAAUCUUUGAAAUGCCUUGGGUGCUAAGUGCGGCCUUUAAAAUAAUAAAGUCAUGGCUUCCUGAAAAGGCUAUAGAAAAAAUUAAAUUUUUAAGCAAAAAAGAUAUUUUUACAUAUGUACCAGAAGAUCAAGCCUUAACAUGUUGGGGUGGCUCUGACCCCUACCAGUUUAGCUUUAUACCAGAAGAGAAAAGUACUGUUAAAGAUGUACCCAUUAUUAACAACAACAAUAAAAAAGUUCACUUUGUUGAUGGAACAUCCAUGUCAGAGUCAGCGGCAAGUAGCGGAGAUAAGGAAAAUGAUGGGGGCGCGCUUAAAGUGCAACCUAAUAAUGUUAUUACCUUUAUUAAAGAAGGGAGUGAACUUAUUAGCACAUUAUCCAUAGAAAAUACCGAUUUAUCUACGUCGAUAUCGUAUAAGUUGAAAACUACAUCACCAGAAAAAUUCAGAGUCAAACCUAGUACUGGGAUUUUGUCACCACGCGCAAAGACCACAGUUACUGUGACUUUGGUUACUGGAUACCACAUAGGCGGCCUAUCAAAAGACAAGUUCCUAAUUAUGAGCACUGUUCUUGAUGCUAGUGAAACUUCCAAGGACAUUUCGGAUAUUUGGAAGAAUACCUCAAACCGAAAAGUUAAUCAAAUCCGAUUAAGAUGUGUUCAGAGCGGUGACAUUACACGUAACGGUAACGUGGAUAGCGUAAACGGCUUUGCAGACCUGGACCACGACACGUUAGGCAAACUGACUGCAAGCGUGGCCAAACUUAAUUCGUGUCAAGGCGAGCUUCACCGUGCCGUUAAAAAAACGCAGUAUUAUCAACUAGCCACCGCCUUUCUGGUGCUGUUUCUGGCAAUAGUUUUAGGUUACGUUAUUAAAAGUGAUAUACGUCAAAUUUCAAACAAUUCUUACUGUACCGCUCCGAGCGCUCCAUAACAAUAACUAAAAAGAGCAGGGCCAAGAGAUAUUCCUUUUAGUUAUAGAUUGCUAGAAAAACUUCUUUAUCACAUAUUAUAUCUGUUCUGUAUUGUUUAUGAUUACUUUAAUUAUAUGGUUUAGUUUGGCUCCUGCAGUAAUAAGACAAUAUAUUCAUCACAUUUUUUUAAAAACCAUGUGUUUUAAGUGUUAUUUUUUUGUUAUUUUUUAAACAUAUUAAUUUCAUGUAAAUACAAAUUUAUAUUUAUAC